UCGCACUUUUUUGUAGAUAAAAAAACAGAACUCAUACAGGGUAAAAGGCAACAAACAUCUGGCACCCUGUUGUGGUUGUUUGUUGUUGAUCCUUCUGCUAGAUAUUGACAAAACAACUUAUUGCUGAUUGUAAAGAUAAAGAACAAAGUCAUGUUCAGUUUUAAUGUGUUUGAUAACCUUCCACUCACAUUCAACACACAAUACAAAUGUUAUUCAGUGUCGAUGUUAGCAGGUAAUGAAAGAGAUGAUGUUGAGAAGGGUGGAAAAAUUAUUCUGCCACCAUCAGCUCUAGACCUUCUCACAAGAUUAAAUAUAGUAUAUCCAAUGUUGUUCAAGAUAACGAAUACGCGCCAAAAACGUUACACCCAUUGUGGAGUGCUGGAAUUUGUUGCAGAUGAAGGGAAAGCAUAUAUUCCACAUUGGAUGAUGCAAAAUUUAUACCUCAGUGAAGGAGACCUCAUAAAUAUUCAGAGUGCAUCUCUUCCUGUGGCAACUUUUGCACGCUUUCAACCUCAAACAGUUGAUUUUCUAGAUAUCACUGACCCAAAAGCAGUCUUAGAAAAUGUGUUGCGUUUAUUUGCGUGUUUAACAAGAGGAGAUGUGCUUGCUAUCAAAUAUAAUGAAAAGAUAUACGAGUUGUUAGUUCUUGAAACAAAACCAGAAAAUGCUGUUUCUAUUAUUGAAUGUGACAUGCAGGUUGAUUUUGCACCACCUGUGGGCUAUGUUCCGCCAGAGAGACAGCCGCAAAAAAUGCAAACAGAAACAGAUGGAGAACCAUCGUUGGAAGGUAUACCAGAAAAAUAUAUAAACAGAGGUCAACAGCUCUUUCCAGGAAGUGGCAAUCGGCUAGAUGGUAAGAAGAAGAAAUCGAAAGACUCUAUGGAUGGAAAUUCUCCUGUAAAACCAUCGAUUAUAAAAAGAGGAAUUCCUGAUCUAAAUUAUAAAGUGGGAAUGAUUGAAUUUAAACGAAAGAUAUUGAAACCCAUCAAUAAACAGAUUGCUGAAGAAGAGACAUUCACGGCGUUUGGUGGCGAGGGGAAGUUACUAAGAAAGAAAAGAUGAACGUAGCCGCUAUAGAAAAUUUCCACCUGUUAAA